AUGGAUCAAUUCAGACGUAAAGACCGGCGCGGGGCCGUCUAUGUCCAACACAAUAGCUUCGGCCCCACAGCCCGGCGCCGGCUUCUACCAGCAACAGCCACGGCUCCGAAUACACCGGUUGCAGAUUUCUCGCCAAUGCCCAAGGUUGAGGCCUCAUUUGAUCUUUAUGCUUUGGGAUUGGACCCUCAGCCAAUGUCAUUUAUGCAUCCUGAGUUCAAUAGCGACUACUAUUGCCCUGCAUCUCUUGUUAAAUUAGACCCAGACUCCGGCUUCAACUUAAGCGAAGGACUCGAAAAUCGAGACAUUAGUACAAUUUCUAGUAUAAGCACCGAUACCUCCCCUUCUGAAGGUUCCAUGUUAUCCUCUGUUUCAACUGAUGGCGACGCAUAUACCGUUUUGAGGGAUCGAGCUCAUUCAAGAGGCCCCAGUCCAUUGAGCAGAGGCGGGCGAACUGCCGGGCCUGAUAACCCGCCGCCUUCUUUUGUUUGCCUGGGGCCUCAGUGUCAGCUAGCUUUCUCGUCAGAAAAAGAUCUCAACUCUCACGUCAAGUCAUCUCAUACUCAUAUAUGCAACUGGGCCGGUUGUGAUCAGCCUAGUUUCUCCACCAGAGACGGUCUCAUCUACCACGUCAAGGUCCAACACCUCGUCAUUUGCCCAUCCCCUGGAUGCACGGAGACUUUCUUUCAAAGCAUCAAUAUUCUUAAGUCACAUAUUUCCAUGGCUCAUCCCGAGGUUGGGAAGGAUGAUGCAAAGGAAUGGAAGCUUCCGGCUAAAGCCAACAUGGACGUGGUGGAAGCCUGGAGGAACUCUUCAAGCAACCCAUGCGAAACUACACCAUCACGGAAACGAAAGUAUAGUAGCCCUGACGAAGAGAUGGCCAUGGGGUUGUGGAAAGCGAAACGCCAAUGUCAGGAUCGACUCCACAAUGUCGUCGAGAAGCGAGCUAGAAAGAAUGCUGGUACCCCGCGAAGUGUCGAGAGCCCUACAGACCUUAUCCGAGGACGAGCUUCACAACGUAUAGAAACGACGAGUUUCCCGCUGGUCUUCGAACACUCUAUUCUUCCUUUCUUGACACAAUAUCUACCCAUCUGGGUCGGUCCUCGCUAUGUGGUGACAGUUACCCGAGGCAAAUCACCACAAGCUAAGAGGAUCUGUAUCAUGGCUCCAAAGCAGAUCUCCCGCGCCCGCAAGGUUCUGAUCUUUACCCAUGUCAAAGACCUGAUUCCCCGCAACUUUUCAACACUUGUUAGCCUUGCUUUCGCGCAAGGAGAAGUAAAGAGAACCGUAACCUGGGCUCGGGGUCUGGGCAGAGACCACAAAGACGAUAUCUGCUCAGCCCGAAAUCCAUAUUUCUUCCGCGAUCCUUGUAUGGGAGACAGCAUUGGCGUGACAGGCAAUGGUGCGUUUGAAGAUAGCACGGCGACACUUGGCCCUUGUGUUACUGUAGGAGGUGGGAGUUACUGGCUGGGCAACUUUCAUCCUUUCUUGGAGGCAUACCAGCAGCUUGGUCAAGAGGCACAGAUCGAGCAUCCUUCCUCUCAAGAUCGCAAACGGUGUGUGGACGAGGGCCACGAUGCCAUGGCCCAAGAGAAAAGUUUCAAGCUGGGCAGACUUGAGGUAACAUCAGGUCUAAACCUCCAGACAACAAGGAUCUCGCAUGAUCCUUACUGGGAUGAGUGCGAUAUGGACAAGCCGCUCGUUGUAACAGACUGGGCUCUCAUCGGCUCUCGUUCUUCACAGGCGAACAUUCUCCGGCGGUUCCCUUCGGAAACUCAACCACCAACCCAAGAGCCUAUCGUCGCCACCACAACAGCUAUUACACCUGGGGCCGACGUCCUGUCCAGUGGACGAACUUCUGGAUACCAACGAGGCCAGAUCUGCGAGAUCCCCGCGUACGUCUCGGGAGACGAGAACCAAACAUCCAAGGCCACUAGAGAAUGGUUUAUCGAAGAGCCUUGGUCACAGGACGAUGAGGAUGCAUGGAUCCGCGGUGGAAUUGGUGUCAAUGGCGAUAGUGGCGCAGGUGUUGUAGACGCCAACACCUAUGGUCUAAUCGGCCAAGUCUGGGGACGCAAUGCUUACUGGGGCCCGGGGCAGCGUGUCACCUACUUCACUCCCAUUUCGGAUAUAUUCGACGACAUUCAGGAGAAGUGUGGGCAGCAAACACGUCCCCAGCUUCCGCAGUAUCGUGACGAGGCGAAUUGCUUUUCUUUACACCCAUCCUGUCGACAGUGCUUUGAUCUACGAGCAUACCUCAACAGCAGCAGAAGAAGUUCACGAAUGUCGCUUCAAAGCAUGUUAAUGGGCAUAAGUGACAGCGACCAGGACCUCACCUCAAUCGAGGCUGUUUCAGAACUAGCUACACCAAGGGAUUACCCUCGCUAUUCGGGUAUCGAAGAGACAAUUGCUUCUCUUCAUGGUAUAACCUCGCCUGCAGGACCGUUUGGUUAUCCCGGUACUCCUAUGAUCGCCGAUAUGAAGAGUCCCUAUGCAACUGAGUUAGAUGCAGGGGAUCUAUACGAGACAAAUACCAACGAGCCUGCUCAGCCUCGGAAGCGAAAAUCAAGUUUCGCCAUUGGGCCUGGGUCAGAAAGCUGGAAGAGGCAGAGAACUUAUGGUUAA